AUGACUGCACACACAUCCGGCAAGAAUGGGCACACUUCCAGCAAGACUUCAUACACAUCCAGCCAGAAUGGGCACAUUUCAAGCAAGACUGAACACACAUUCCGCCAGAGUUGGUACAUUUCCAGCAAGACUGCACACACAUUCCGCCAGAAUGGGCACACUUCCAGCAAGACUUCAUACACAUCCGACCAGAAUGGGCACUCUUCCAGCAAGACUAAAUACACAUUCCGCAAGAAUUUGCACACUUCCAGCAAGACUGCACACACAUUCCGCCAAAAUGGACACACUUCCAGCAUGACUGCACACACAUUCCACCAUAAUGGACACACUUCCAGCAAGACUGCAAACACAUUCCUCCAGAAUGAGCACACUUCCAGCAAGACUGCAUACACAUCCGACCAGAAUAGGCACUCUUCCAGCAAGUCUGAACACACAUUCCGCAAGAAUGGGCACACUUCUAGCAAGACUGCACACACAUUCCGCCAAAAUGGACACACUUCCAGCAAGACUGCACACACAUUCCGCCAGAAUGGGCACACUCCAAACAAGACUUCAUACACAUCCGACAAGAAUGGGCACUCUUCCAGCAAGACUAAACACACAUUCCGCAAGAAUGGGCACACUUCCAGCAAGACUGCACACACAUUCCGCCAUAAUGACACACUUCCAGAAAGACUGCAUACACAUUCCGUCAGAAUGGGCACACUUCCAGCAAGACUUCACACACAUUCCGCCAUAAUGGACACACUUCCAGCAAGACUGCACACACAUUCCACCAGAGUGGGCGUAUUUCAAGCAAGACUGCGCACACACAUUCCGCUAUAA